AAUGAUAGGCAAUAAAUAAUGGUAUGGAAGAAUGAGUGGUGUAGGGAAGGGAAGUCCGCAACAAAGAAAAUAAUUGUGAUUUAAUGGCUGGAGUUGGUUGUUCCUUGGGGUCCCUUGCUCUCCCACCUCUGGCUUGGAGCAACGCUGUUAUUUUUCUCUUUUCUCUUUGUCUGUGCGAUUAUCUUCAGCGUUACCCUCCGUCCCCUUUCGCCUUCCCUGUGUUUCAAAAAGUCUCGACGGUUGUCAGGGCUGUUGCCAUGCUGUCAUACCGACAUGCCUGUCUAGCUGCACACAAGAUGACCAUGAAGAGUCCCUGUUGUACCCCUCCCAAAUAGCACCACCGUUCUCCCCUGUCUCCUGAAUCCUGGGGAGCGAAAGGCGUCUAAAGUAUUUGUUUCGCGGUUACCGCGCCGCCGGAUAUGAAUGGUCGAUGUGGAUCAAGUUCAAAGGUGGCUCACGUAUUUUCGUGAUUGGGCUAUGCUUUAC